UUUCGGUAUAGUGUACCCUCUUAGCUUUCCAAACGUCACUCUAGGUCACGUGAUACGUAAACUGAGAUCUACAUCAGUCAGUACCCACUGACAUCAAUCAGUCUUAUCUGUACCUUCUCACAAUGCACGUGACAGUACGUCUCGUUCUGUUUCUCGGCAUUUUCCUCAUCGGCUGCUCUGCUUGCAGUCCAGAGCGACACGAAGACAAACAGGUCGCAACGCGUGCUCCAAAACGUCAUCUGUUGGAGCAAAUGAAACACGUGGUUGUUGGUGAUUGGUCCGUUCCUGUCUUUAUCAAAAAGAUUCUUCUAGUCGUCGUGGAGAACUACGGCACUCUCAACGUACACAUAUCGACCUACAACAAAGCGAAAAGCGAACUACGAGACAUUGGCGACGCAAACGUAGUUAAAAAUCUUGAUGUCCGGAUGAUUCGAGCGAACAACCAGGAGUACGCCCUUUUGGAACAAUACGUCGAUUUGGCGGUCACACGCAGCGUGCUGGACAGCGCAAGAGCAUGAAACAUGACAAGGAAUACUAAUUAGCUAGCUAAAAGACAGACAAUGCGUGUCUGCAAGGAAUGCGUGCUGUUUUGCUUCUCUUGAUUAGAAUCUGUUGCAUGAUACUGCAGGGAGCGUAUAAUAUGAAUUUAGCGGACAAACAACAA